UUUGUGUGCAGUGUAAGAAUGAACAGCAGUGCCCAGCACUGACUCCUCCUCCUCCUCCUCUCCACCUGAUCUGGGAUAUAAAGGACACUUGUUUUCUCACAGAUCCACUCCAUUUGCUCUGAAAUUCGUCUUGAAUCGCAGGUGCUCAAAUUUCCCCGUUUACUCUCCAGCUCUGGAAUUUCUCAGCAAGCCAUGUCUUUCGGAUUGGAGCUCGUGGGGAUUAUUCUAUGUGUCUUAGGCUGGCUUUUGGCUAUUGUGGCCUGUGCUAUCCCGAUGUGGAGGGUCACCGCCUUCAUCGGCUCCAACAUAGUGACCGCGCAGAUCAUCUGGGACGGUUUGUGGAUGUCCUGCGUGGUUCAGAGCACCGGACAGAUGCAGUGUAAAGUCUACGACUCCAUGUUGGCUCUGUCCCAGGACCUCCAGGCGGCUCGAGCGCUGACCGUCAUAUCCAUCCUUCUGACCGUCCUGGCCGUCUUAGUGUCCAUCGGAGGAGCCAAAUGCACAAACUGCAUCGAGGAAGAGUCAUCCAAAGCCAAAGUCAUGAUCUUCGGAGGGGUGCUCUUCAUUUUGGCUGGUCUCAUGCAGCUGAUUCCCGUGUCCUGGUCGGCUAAUAGUAUCAUCAGGGACUUUUAUAACCCUUUGCUGCCUGAUGCUCAGAGGCGAGAGAUGGGUGCCGGGUUAUACAUUGGAUGGGCCGCGGCCGCACUUUUAAUUAUGGGGGGAUCCUUGCUUUGUUGCUCCUGCCCUCCUCAGGAGAAGAAAUACAACCCGUCUAGGAUGCCGUAUCCCGCAUCUCGCUCUACAGGUGGGGUAGGGUACGACAGAAGAGACUACGUGUGAAAUAAACAAACUCUUUGCCUCAAUUGGUGGGCAUCAUUUUUUUCGAGGGGCGCGGGGGGGGGUCUAAAUAUGCCAUGCAUUCAACAUUUGUGUGAUUGUCUAAGAGUUUUGAUGUUUCCUCAUGUGAGUACAGUCUUAAUAGUGAUGCUGUUGAGUAUAAAUUAGGACUGAAUGGUAAUUACAUGCAUGUUUUGGUAACACUUUAGUAUAUGGCUGCAUUAAUGUUAACAAUGUCCAUAUUUAGUGACUCACAAGGGUUUCUUGUUUAUUUAUGUUUGUGAAUUGCAUUAUGGGAUGUUGAUCUCUGCUUUGUCCACUUUUUUGAUGUUGAUAAUUCAACUCUACAGUUGAACAAAGUGACUUUUAUUGUCUUUAUUACAAGGUUUUUGUAGCAUAGUACACAAAACCUGACGCUAAAUCACUCUAAACUAAUAAAAAUGUUAAUAAAAGUCACUUUUUCAAACUUUUCAAGGUUAAACGUUGUUGGAAAAAGAGAUUA